CUCACAAAAAGACAAACGUCGCAACACAAACACAAAACCAAGAUCAAGAUCAAUCAUGUACAAUUUCAACACCACCAAGGCAACCCUCUUCUUCCUUGGACUUGCAGCAGCAGUGUCCUCAUCAGCUGCAAGCAGUGAUGAGUGUAAGGGCAUUCAAGACUGCAACACCUGCGUCAUGAACGGCUGUGGUUGGACGGGUGUGACCUGCUUUGACUCGUGCUCGUAUGUGAUGAGUGACAGGUGUUAUAGCCAUGCAUCCUUUCCCCUGUUGCAAUCCCAACAAAUCUGCAGCAUCCAAGCCGCCAAGAAUCGUGACUGGGAUCUCUGCCGGUCGCAGGGUUCGGACUGCCAGAGCUGUACUGCAACCAGCCUUUCGGCUUCUCCUCAAGACAGCUGCUAUUGGCAUCCAGUACUCCAAGACUGUACACCAGGAAUAGUAUCUGGUUGGUCCAUUGGUACCGACACAUGCUCGACAGAGCUCAGUAACAGUAAUGCUGACUCCAUCACUGCCAGCUCGACUGCUUCUUCUUCUUACUCCAGCAGCAGUGCCGGCACCGCUACAUCUUCCAGCAGUACCACAAUCUCUUCCGUCCCUACCAAUAUUGAAACGAGCACGAGCACGAGCUCCACAGAGACAGAGACACACAACAAUAUUCGCGGUUCGACAUCAUCAUCCGCUACCAACAGCAACAGCAACAACAACAAUGAUAAGCAAAAGAGCCCCUCCUGGCUCAAGAAAGUGUUGCUGCCCUAAUAACAUUCAAAGCAUCUGCAUAACUUUUAAACAAUAGAAUAGAAGAAGU